CUCCUCCCACUGCCGGCUGGGGCUCCCAGGCCAGAGGUGCGGCGCUCUGCCCAGCAGUCCCCAGCCCCAGCGUGGAGCGGCCAAGCGGGAGGGAGGCCGGGCCGCCCGCGCGGUCUCGUACCCUCCUCGCGCGCCCAGCACCCCACUUCCCCAGCGGCCGCCCUAUCCAGGCGCCGUGGCGGGCUAGCCGGGAAGCGAGCGGCUGACAAGUUGAGGCGCGCACAGGCGGCGGGCCGCGGGCACCGUGCGCCUCGGGAAGGGUGGCCGCAGCUCCGGGCUCCGCACCCCGGGCGCACUUCGGCGAUGGCUUCCCCGCCGCCGCGGCUGCGUCUUCGCCCUCGCCGCUACCUCCUGCUGCUUCUCCCUGGGCUCCUGCUACCUCUGUGUGAUGCCUUCAACCUAGACGUAGACAGUCCUGCCGAGUACUCUGGCCCCGAGGGAAGUUACUUCGGCUUCGCAGUGGACUUUUUCGUGCCCAGCGCGUCUUCGAGGAUGUUUCUUCUGGUAGGAGCUCCCAAAGCAAAUACCACCCAGCCUGGGAUUGUAGAAGGAGGACAAGUUCUCAAAUGUGAUUGGGCUUCUACCCGCCGGUGCCAGCCAAUCGAAUUUGAUGCAACAGGCAAUAGAGAUUAUGACAAGGAUGACCCGUUGGAAUUUAAGUCACAUCAAUGGUUUGGAGCAUCUGUGAGGUCAAAACAGGAUAAAAUUUUGGCCUGCGCUCCCUUGUACCACUGGAGGACCGAGCUGAAGCAGGAGCGAGAGCCUGUGGGGACGUGCUUUCUUCAAGAUGGGGCAAAGACUGUUGAGUAUGCGCCAUGCAGAUCAAAAAAUAUUGAUGCUGAUGGACAGGGAUUUUGUCAAGGAGGAUUCAGCAUUGAUUUUACUAAAGCUGAUAGAGUACUGCUCGGUGGUCCUGGUAGCUUUUAUUGGCAAGGGCAGCUCAUUUCGGAUCAAGUGGCAGAAAUUGUAUCUAAAUAUGACCCCAAUGUUUACAGCAUCAAGUAUAAUAACCAAUUAGCAACUCGAACUGCACAAGCCAUUUUUGAUGACAGCUAUUUGGGUUAUUCUGUAGCUGUUGGAGAUUUCAACGGUGACGGCAUAGACGAUUUUGUUUCGGGAGUUCCAAGAGCAGCAAGGACCUUGGGAAUGGUUUAUAUUUACGAUGGGAAAAACAUGUCCUCCUUAUACAAUUUUACUGGUGAGCAGAUGGCUGCAUAUUUUGGAUUUUCUGUGGCUGCCACUGACAUUAAUGGAGAUGAUUAUGCAGAUGUGUUUAUUGGAGCUCCACUCUUCAUGGACCGAGGCUCUGAUGGCAAACUCCAGGAGGUGGGACAGGUCUCCGUGUGUCUGCAGAGAGCCUCCGCUGACUUCCAGGUGACCAAGCUGAAUGGAUUGGAGGUCUUUGCACGCUUUGGCAGUGCCAUCGCUCCUUUGGGAGAUUUGGACCAGGAUGGAUUCAAUGAUAUUGCAAUUGCUGCUCCUUAUGGGGGUGAAGAUCAGAAAGGAAUUGUGUAUAUUUUCAAUGGAAGGUCUACAGGCUUGAAUGCAAUACCAUCUCAAAUCCUUCAAGGCCAGUGGGCUGCUCGGAGCAUGCCGCCAAGCUUUGGCUAUUCCAUGAAAGGAGCCACAGAUAUAGACAAAAAUGGCUAUCCAGACUUAAUUGUAGGAGCUUUUGGAGUAGAUCGAGCUGUGUUGUACAGGGCCAGACCAGUUAUCACUGUAAAUGCUGGCCUUGAAGUAUACCCUAGCAUUUUAAAUCAAGACAAUAAGACCUGCCCAUUGCCUGGGACAGCUCUGAAAGUUUCCUGUUUCAAUGUCAGGUUCUGCUUAAAGGCAGAUGGCAAAGGAGCGCUUCCUAGGAAACUUAACUUCCAGGUGGAGCUUCUUUUGGAUAAACUCAAGCAAAAGGGAGCAAUUCGACGAGCGCUGUUUCUCCAUAACAGGUCCCCAGGUCAUUCCAAGAACAUGACUAUAUUCAGAGGGGGACAGAUGCAGUGUGAAGAACUGAUAGCUUAUCUCCGGGAUGAAUCUGAAUUUAGAGACAAACUCACUCCAAUUACUAUUUUUAUGGAGUAUCGCUUGGAUUAUAGAACAGCUGCUGAUGCAACAGGCUUACAACCCAUUCUUAACCAAUUCACUCCUGCCAACGUUAGCCGACAGGCACAUAUUCUGCUUGAUUGUGGUGAAGACAAUGUCUGCAAACCUAAGCUGGAAGUUUCUGUACAGAGUGAUCAAAAGAAGAUCUAUAUUGGGGAUGACAACCCUCUGACAUUGAUUAUUCGGGCUCAGAAUCAAGGGGAAGGUGCCUACGAGGCUGAGCUCAUUGUUUCCAUUCCGCCGCAGGCUGAUUUCAUCGGGGUUGUUCGAAAUAGUGAAGCCUUAGCAAGACUGUCCUGUGCAUUUAAGACAGAGAACCAAACCCGCCAGGUGGUGUGUGAUCUGGGAAAUCCAAUGAAGGCCGGAACCCAACUCCAAGCAGGUCUUCGUUUCAGUGUGCACCAGCAAUCAGAAAUGGAUACUUCUGUGAAAUUUGAUUUACAAAUUCAAAGCUCCAAUCUUUUUGACAGAGUAAGCCCGAUGGUAUCUUACAAAGUGGAUCUUGCCGUUUUAGCUGCUGUUGAGAUAAGAGGAGUCUCCAGUCCCGACCAUAUCUUUCUUCCAAUUCCAAAUUGGGAACACAAGGAGAAUCCUGAGACAGAAGAAGAUGUUGGACCAGUUGUUCAGCACAUCUAUGAGCUGAGAAACAAUGGUCCAAGUUCAUUCAGCAAGGCAAUGCUAAACCUCCAGUGGCCCUAUAAAUAUAACAAUAAUACUUUAUUGUACAUUCUUCAUUAUGACAUUGAUGGGCCAAUGAACUGCACUUCAGAUGUGGAGAUCAAUCCUUUGAGAAUUAAGAUCUCAUCUUUGCAAACAACUGAGAAGAAUGACACAGUUGCUGGGCAGGGUGACCGGAACCAUCUCAUCAUGAGGCGGGAUCUCGCCCUCGCUGAAGGUGACGUUCACACUUUGGGUUGUGGAAUUGCUCAGUGCUUGAGGAUUGUAUGCCAAGUUGGGCGACUGGACCGAGGCAAGAGUGCAAUCCUGUAUAUAAAGUCACUGUUGUGGACUGAAACCUUUAUGAAUAAGGAAAACCAGAAUCAUUCAUAUUCACUGAAGUCAUCUGCUUCAUUUAAUGUCAUCGAGUUUCCAUACAAGAAUCUUCCAAUUGAGGAUAUUUUUAAUUCCACAUUGGUUACCACCAACGUCACCUGGGGCAUUCAGCCAGCACCCAUGCCUGUGCCCGUAUGGGUGAUCAUUUUAGCAGUUCUGGCAGGAUUGUUGUUACUGGCUGUUUUGGUAUUUGUCAUGUACAGGAUGGGCUUUUUUAAACGAGUCCGGCCACCUCAAGAAGAACAAGAAAGAGAACAGCUUCAACCUCAUGAAAAUGGGGAAGGAAACUCUGAAACUUAGCUGCAAUUUGCAACUUGUCUUUCAUCCUGACCCAUUAGAAUCAUCAUCUUAGCAAGAUUCCAGAACUCUGCUCCUAAUGGUGCCCCUUGCUAUUCCCUGCAACGUGAGAGCAAUACAAGUGUUUGAAAACCUUCUCUUGAUCAAUAGUUCAGACAUAGAUUGAGCACAAUAUACACCAACUUGGUUUUUUUAGCUAUUUAAAUAAUAAAAUAUCAAGUGAUAGGUUUAAUUCAAUGUAGAUAAAAUAGUAGUGCCUAAGUUAUACUUUAUAUAACAUAGUGCUUCCUUACAAUUACUGUUUCUUCUUGUUUGUUUUUAAUUGUUUUAAAGCAAUUGACAUUUGGAGAGUAGCAUCCUCAUCUUUUGGGUAGAUACUUAAUGUUAUUACAUAGACACUACAGUUGACUUUUCAAGAUACUAAAAUGUUUAGAAUUGAAUGGACUUGGAUUUUAAUAUCACCUGGUAGACUCUUAAAAAAUUUAUGAUGCUAGCAGUUUCUUUCCCGUGACUACAAAGGUACACUAUUUGUUUUAAUAUUAGGUACACACUAUUAAAUUCUUAUUUAUAUGUAAUCUGCAAUCUGUUUCAUUGCAUUUUUGCUUGUACAGAUUAUUUUCUGUGGCAAAUUCUUUAAGCAAGCCUAUGUUGAAAUUUAGUUCAAUAGUCAGAAGUGCUUCUCUAUCUGAUAGUUUAAUUUUAGCUAAACAUCAUGAAGCUUGAAUUCAUGGAGUUGAAAUUCAUUUCCAAAGUACAUCUAUCCCACUGCUUUAGUCCACUUGCAGUACAAAAAAGAAAGCAUUUUCAUUAAAAGACUUAUAUUUGUAGUUCUUUGAUGUGUAAUUGCUCUUUAGUAUUAUGUUUUUAAAGUAGAGCUGAAUUUUUAGUUGCUAAUUAAUUUAUUUUCCUUUUAUAUGUGUAUUUUUUCUUGUAUUUCCAAAACUAAUACUGAGAAUGGGUCAAAACCAAUGAGGAAUCUUUAUAAGUAACAGGAAGCUUAAUUUCCUAUUUCUACUCCGUAAGAGUACUUGGCAUCAAAACUCAAAAGUUAGGUCACUGGUUUACUUCCAGUCACAGCUCUGGAC